AUGGGCUUAGGCUUACAAAUGAGGAAUCUAUUUCGGAUUCCCCUUUCCCAGAGAAAUCAAGAGAAAGGUGACAGUGGGGACCUGGAAUGUCAGAGCUGGGGAGCUGGCGGAGCCCUGGAGGGGAAGAGGAGGGGUGUGGGCGAGGGACUUUGGGGCCAAACUUUAGUGCACGCCCUCUCGGCCCCAGCGGGUGCGAAGGUCCUACUUUUACGGGGAAGCGGGUUUUUCGGGGAGCCAGACCCCUUCCCCGUGUUCACCAGCAACAAUCGCGUCAAGAGGAGGCCUUCGCCCUACGAAGUGGAGAUCAAUGACGGCCCCCACACCAAGGUCGUCCGACGAAUCUUCACCAAUAGUCGGGAGCGAUGGAGACAACAAAACGUUAACGGGGCAUUUGCUGAGCUCCGAAAACUUAUCCCCACUCAUCCACCAGAUAAGAAGCUCAGCAAAAAUGAGAUACUUCGUCUGGCUAUGAAAUAUAUCAACUUCUUGGCCAAGCUCCUCAAUGACCAAGAGGAGGAGGGCAGCCAGCGGGGCCGGGCGGCCAAGGACGCUGUGGGGACUGGCGGCGCUGGCAGCGGAGGGGCUGGGACAGGCCCCGGGGCUGGGCCGGCCCCGGACGAUCUCCUUCACGAUGCUCUCUCGCCUAACUCCAGCUGCGGCAGCUCCCUGGAUGGCGCCGCGAGCCCCGACAGCUACACAGAGGAUUCUGAGCCGAAGCACCCAACGCGAAGCCUCCAUCCCGCCCUGUUGCCUGCCGACGGCACCGGCCCACGAUGA